AUGCCACAGCCUUACAAUAUGGCUCCACAUGACCAACUCAGUCUGGGCAUCAGCCACAAACCGAACGUUGCUAUGACAGACUUUGCGAUCAAGUCGACCUCUGAGUGUCUGAGAGCAGACGGACUCUCACCACCACCACAGACCGUUGAUGCUGCCGGUGCGAGUCAUCCCAUUGAAUCUAGCCGGGCCGCAAGAGUGACAAAUCUCGAAAAUUCACACCUUCCUCUCGGCCUCGCCCUGUCUCCAACCCGCAACACAUCCUCACCGCGUUUUUUGAUCGUCAAGUCAGAUGACCAUUUACUUGGAAUUCAUCUAUCCACCUCGCUUCGUGGAACACCGGUUCACGUCAGUCGAGAGCACGAA